AUCGUCUUUUAUCAUUAAAUCCAACGUCGGGCACUUUGACCGAUUUCCAGUGACAACUUAAUAGUGCUUAAUCGCACACCGGCCCGCCCACAAUAGGUGAAGGAAUUGGGAAUAUGGCGGGCAACGGCACCGCCCAAACCGGGGGCAUCUUGUCUUUCCUUGUCAGGGAUGUGCAGAAAUCGUCGUCCCUGUACGUCACCGCCGCGAUGCUAUUGGUUUUCGCAAUGUUGCUGCAUAGAUUCUCGUCGCCCGAAAUGGACGAACGAGAGCCACCGCGGAUGAAGCCCAGGAUUCCAAUCAUAGGACACCUCCUAGGGAUGAUCUGGCACCAGUCUGGCUAUUUCAAGACAUUAGAGAACCGCAACAUGGCAAUUGCCACUCUGCCGAUCUUGAACGGCAAGCUCUACGGCAUCUGGGACCCGACGCUGGUACAAGCCGUCUUCAAAAACCGGGACCUGUCCUUCGAACCGUAUGCCGUGGACUUCGCACAGAGAGAACUCGGUUUUAACAACGAGGUUCUCAAGCUCCUCCAGGAAAGCACUCUGGUGCCCGACAUGUUCGAGAGUAUCCACAAAUCCAUGGCCGCGGACCACCUGCACCGGAUGAACGCCAACGCGCUCGCAUACGUGUCUGACGUGCUGGAUGAUGUCUGCAAGGGUUCUGAAGCGUACGAGACAACGAGCCUGUUCACCUGGAUACGGGACUUGAUGACCAUGGCUACAGCGGAAGCCCUCUACGGCCCCUGUAAUCCGUUGAGAAUGGACGCGAGCUUGAUGGACGAUGUAUGGACCUUUGACACAGACUUGCCGAUCUUGAUGCUUGGAGUCGUGCCGUCAAUCACGGCGAAAAAAUGCUACAACGCGAGGGAGCGCCUCCAGGCAGCGUUGUCCGAUUAUUAUGGUAAUAAUAGGGACUACCACGAGGACGCAUCCCAAAUUGUCAAGGACCGCGCCGCAGUCCUACGGAAACACGGCAUGUCAGGGGAAGGCGUUGGUUUGUUUGAGAUUGCCUUGCUCCAUGUGGCGACAUCCAACACGAUCCCGACGUUAUUCUGGUUUAUGGCAUACAUAUUCAGCCGACCCGAGUUGGUGGCUCGCCUGAGAGAUGAGGUUCUGCCAGUGAUUCAUCACAGCGGCGGUGGCGAUGCCACUAUUGACAUAGAAACACUUGAUGAACGGUGCCCGCUGCUGGUCAGCUGCUAUCGCGAAUCUAUCCGGAUGUCCAGCAAGGGCAUGUGCAACCGAAAGGUCUUAGAAGAUACAACCCUAACUGAUGGAAAUGGCCGGUCAUAUGUCUUGAAGAAAGGCUGCAGCGUGCAGAUGUCAUCACAAGUCAUUCAUCUUCUGGAGAAGUCCUGGGGCCCGGACAGCUCGAGAUUUGUACCGGACAGGUUUAUGCCAAACAGCAGCAAGGCAGACGCAGAGUCAGAAAAGAUCAAGAGGGCAUCAUUCAUUGCGUUCGGCGGUGGGCGGCACUUGUGCCCGGGGCGCAAUUUUGCGUUUGCCGAAAACCUUGGAUUUGUGGUGUCGCUGUUGGCGGGAUUCGAAGUUUCGACCCUGGACGAGAAGAUGCAGCAAACGGACAGAGUUCCCGAACAAGGGGCUUGCUCAAUGACAAGUGCUGCUGUGAAGCCGGUGGAAAAUGGUGCGGGUUUCGGAGUUCGCGUCCGAAAGCGUGAAGGAUGGGAGAAUGUGAAGUGGCGAUACAUUAGCUGAAGAUUUGUGUAGCGUAGCGAACACCUGUUAUAGCGAAGGUGGCCAGACAACAUAUGUUGGAUGACGUAGAAAAAAGGGAGAAAAAAAAAGAAAGAAAGAAAAAGCGUCAAUAGAGUACUGCGUUCUUCAAGCCAGCAUUGAAUGACGCUGCGAGGUGAGGAUCGAGAUGAGAGCCAAUUUCAUUACCCGGAUAAACGAACACGGUGCUAACUCCCGCGAAG